AUGGAGUUUCGGUGGAGCCUCCCCCGGUGCUCGGACACGGAGCCGCCUGCGACGUUACUGCUGCUGCUGCUCAGCGGCCGUGCUGCGUUCACUGUCUGCAGGGCCCUGAACGCACCGCAGGAUGGAGGGGUUCUGCCUCCGGACGGACAGACGGACGGUACCGACGGUCUGACCGCAACCGACACAGGUGUGGACAGACGGCGGCGCCCCCUGCUUGAGAAGACUCGUCCCUUUGUCCUGGUGGACGGACAGAGACGGAGCCUCGCUGAAGCGUUACAGGACGGUCACCCUGACAGACUGCAGUGUGGACUGGAGGUGGGAGGACGUGUCUUCCUGUUGGACCUGGAGAAGAACCACGACCUCCUGCCCAAACCUCCCAACGUCUUCUACUACCUGCCCAACGGCACCGGAGUGUCUGUGAAGGCCGAUCCUGUGACUCACUGUUAUUACCACGGCAGCGUCAGAGGAUUCCCUCAGUCCAGAGUGGCUCUGAGCACCUGCUCCGGACUCCGAGGCGUCAUCGUCAUCAACUCCACCCUGAGCUUCGAGCUGCAGCCGCAGGACGACGGCCACCAUCACCAGCACCUCCACCAGCCACAGGGGGAGGAGGAGGGGGGAGGAGGGGGGAGCGGAGGAGACGGGAGCGGGGGAAGUGGAGGAGGAGGAGGAGGAGAUGAAGGAGGAGUCCACCUGCUGUUCUCCACCAGCCCUCUGGAGGGCGACGGUGCUGGAGGCUGCGGGGUUUCCCACACCGCUGUCCCCCCCAUCCACAGCUCCACACACACACACAGGAGGAAGAGAGACAUCCUGUCUGAGACCAAAUACAUCGAGCUGGUGCUGGUGGUCGAUCACCAGGAGUUUAUGAAUUACCAGAAGAACAACAAGACCAUCAUCUAUCGCAUGCUGGACGUGGCCAACCAGGUGGACUGGUUCUACCGUCCUCUGAACGUCCGGGUGGCGCUGACCGGUCUGGAGAUCUGGAGCGACCGGGAUAAGAUCCGGGUGGAGAAGAGUCCAACGGACACCCUCAACAACUUCCUGGAGUGGAGAACCAGAGAGCUGCUGCCACGCCUUCGCCAUGACAACGCCCAGCUCGUCAUGGGAGAGUCUUUUGACGGCACCACAGUGGGGAUGGCGUCCCAGUCGUCCAUGUGCUCCAGAGACAGGUCAGGUGGAGUCAACGUGGAUCACCUGGUCAGUGUUUUGGGCGUGGCCUCCACCGUCGCUCAUGAGCUCGGCCACAACCUGGGGAUGAGCCACGACACGGCCGAACGCCGCUGCUCCUGCCAGAACGAACCGCGACUCGGAGGAUGCAUCAUGGAGCCCUCAACUGGGUUCAUGCCGGGUCAGCAGUUCAGCAGCUGCAGCGCUGCAGACCUGUCCGUCAGCCUGCUGCACGGAGGCGGGAUGUGCCUGUUCAAUGUACCGCAGCCGGAGCGCCUGCUGGGAGGACCUCGCUGUGGAAACCUGUACGUGGAGAAAGGAGAGGAGUGUGACUGCGGCCUGCUGGAGGAGUGUGAGGACCCCUGCUGUAACGCCUCCACCUGUAAGUUGGUUCCUGGAGCUCAGUGUUCGUCUGACGGCAUCUGCUGCCAGGACUGCAAAUUGCGGGCGGCGGGCUCGGUGUGUCGGGAGCCGCUCGGAGAAUGUGACCUCCCUGAGUUCUGCACCGGCUCCUCCCCCCACUGCCCCGCCAACGUCUUCCUGCAGAACGGAGAGCGCUGCGAGGACGGCGCCUCCUACUGCUACGGAGGAGUCUGUGCCAGCAUGCACACCCAGUGCCAGAUGCUGUGGGGACCCAACGCCACCAGCGCUCCGCCCGUCUGCUUCUCAUCAGUCAACAAACAGGGAAACAAAUAUGGAAACUGUGGUCAGCUGACCAACGGCUCCUACAUCCCCUGUGGAAACUCUGACGUUCACUGUGGUAGGAUCCAGUGUCAGGGGGGGAGGGAGCGCCCCCUGCUGGACACCAACACAGAGAUCCUCACCACCACCGUCCGCUUCAACCACAGCGACCUGGUCUGCAGAGGAACCUUCUUCCACCUGGGAAACGACGUGUCGGACCCCGCCACCGUGGCCCAGGGCACCGCCUGCAGCCCCGGCAAGGCGUGUUUGAACCAGAAGUGUCAGGACGUGUCGGUGUUCGGCGUGGACGAGUGUCGCAGGAAGUGCAACGGCCACGGGGUGUGUAACAGUAAUAAGAACUGUCACUGUGAGGUGGGCUGGGCUCCACCUGACUGCAGGUACUCUGGUCACGGCGGCAGCGUGGACAGCGGACCGGCCCGAGCCGCUCGAGAGUCUGACCCGGUCCGAGUCGCCCUGCUCGUCAUCUUCCUCUUCAUCCUGCCGGUGGUCCUCCUCUUCCUCGCUCUUCGCUUCCCUCGUUUCCGGCGGACUCUCCUCUGUCUGGGACCAAACAGCCCGUUUCACAAAGCUCGACAACACAACCGGACUCCGGCGAUGGAGCGAGUGGACGGCAGGAACGGAGAGCAGGUCCGCCCGCUGAGAUACCACCUGAACCCUCAGUCCGACAUCCCACUGACCCCGCCCCACAAAGAGGUUCAUGACAGACCUGCUCCUCCCACUAAGCCACUCCCCCCUGACCCUGCCCUAAAAUCCCCAUCGCAGCUGGUGAGUCGACCAGCUCCGCCCAACAAGCCACUCCCCCCCGACCCCGUCACACCUGGACAGGUUCCUGUUCCUCUCAAACCCAUAGUGCCCAAAAAGCCCCGCCCUCUGGUCCCGCCGUCCCACCCCCACCUGCCGCCUCACCCCAGCUACACCUCCUACACCAAACCACCUCCACACGGAGCCGUCGCACCUGCAGCCGUCCCCAACAGACGACCUCCUGCUCCUCCGCUAAGACCCACAGUCUCUCAGAAAGUCGAGACCUCGCCGCCUCUUUAACCUCGAUGGUUCUCUGCAGAGAAGCUUCAUCACUUUGAUAAAACAGUUUCAGUCGCCUGAAGAUGAUGAAGAUGAUGAAGAUGAUGAUGACUUUAUUACCCAUUUUGCACUCAGUCAUCGGAUUUCUCAUUUAACCCUUCACGAACUCACAGAAGCUGUAAGUAAUCGACGCAGUAAUGUAUCUCCAACGCUCAGUGCCUUUGCUCAGCAGCACCUCGGCAGUGACUGUGUCGACGCCCGGGGUUCAAUCCUGUGACCUUUGACCCACCGGUUGACGAUUUUCACAUCAUAAUGUCUCGGUGUCGUAAAACAGCGCCCCCUGGAGGCAGCAGGAGGGGGCGUCAGUGCCUUGCUUGAGGACCCCUGGACGGGGACCACACAACUGAUUCGCAGAGAGGUUCCCAAACUGUGGUUCAGGGCCCUCUGCUGGACCCUGAGGAUAUUUUUUCAGUUUCGAGCUCGAUUUUUUAGCAAAAUGACAGAAUGUAGAUUUUUAUUCAUACAGCAGCGAAAACAGACAAUUUACGUCUUUUUAGACGGAAUGAAUCUUCAUGUACAUCGUCAUGAAAUGGGACUAAAUGUUUUCUAAUGGACUCAUCUCAUCAUAUAUCAAAUGGGAUUGAAUCAGAUCGGACUGUUUAUAAGAUUUCUGAAGGAUUAAAGUUUGAUCGGACAAAUCACAGUGAGAUUUACAACAUAUUGGGAAAAAAAUCUGAGAUUUCGAGAAUGAAAUUUAAAUAUUUUGAAGAAAAAAAAUCUGAUUUCAAGAAUAAAGAAUGAGAAGCGUUGAAGAUCCUGGGAGUAAGGUCAGAAUAUUUCAAGAUGAGGUCAAAAAAAUCACAAUCAUACGAAAACAUUUUGAAGAUCAUAAUAAAGUCAUAAUAUUUCUUUAUUCUCAAACUGUCACAAUAUUUAAAAAACAUAACAACUUGAAAUCAUUUUACGACCUUUUCCUUUUAAUAUUACGACUUUGUUUUGCAAUAACUUAGUUUUUCUUGUGAUAUAUUUCCAAUAUAUUUUGACUUUAUUCUUGAAAUCUCAGACAUUGUUUUGUUGCUGUCAGUGGCCCUGACUGUAGGAAUCGUCUUUCUAUCUCACCCUCUGAAUGCUGGAAUGAACUUUUCCCGCCUUCGCCACUGUGGCAAGAAACUGCUUGAAACCUGACGUCCUGUCCUGGAUUUGGGUUUUUUGAAGGACUCUGCUGGUCCAAACUAAACUGCAAGCCUUACCAUGAGGAACUAGUCCAGUCCCAGUAAGAAGCUGUGAUUCUCUGUGCUGGAUCAGUUUUUAUUUUUAUAACCUGCCUUGAGAUUUCUAUCGGAGACAGCUGGGAAUGUACGCUGUGAUAACGUUACGCCAAAGACGAGACGAACGAACAAAGUAAAAGAGUUAAAGAUUCAUCUGCUCUGUCGCAUUAAAGGAGGAGUUGGAGAAUCCUUUGUGGAAACUUUGUGUUUUUAUUGAAGGUUCGUGUUGUUUUAGAGACAAUAUGAAGGUUCACCUCCAACAGACUCCUCUGUAUACUUAUACAAACUCCUCUUUUCUUGUUUCACUGGUUUGGCUCUUGUUUACACCUGGUGUUAAAAUGUGAUUUGCAUCUGGACACCUCAUCCAGGUGAACAUGUUAAUUCCAGGUGUAAAUAUGUUUUCAUUUGAGUCUGGGAGAUUAAAAAAGACAACGACUGAAUCCAGAAACUCAGAAAUAUGAAUCAGUUUUUCCUGUGUGCUGAAUAAUACUGAAUGUUUUCACCUGACGAUCCUUAAACCCUCUGAGCAAACAUGCCUGAUCAUUCCGACUGAUUGAUUGGUUUAUUGAUUGGUGUUAAUGCUGUUACCGUCCCGCUGUGUUCACAUGUUUGCUGCUAGAGGAGAAGUCCUCAAUAAAACAGACUGUUUCUACAUUAA